AUGGUUAGAAAUACAUGGGCCCUUCUUUUUCUUUGUUUCGUGCUGGCACAAGAGUGUUUGUGUGAUCAAUGGUCCUCGCUAACUGAGGAUACCGCGUUGGGAAUAUGGUCUCAGCGGGACGUGAUGAGCAAUAUAACGAUUGACCAGGUGCCCGUUGUCGGCCUUGAUUUGGGAACCUCUAUUUUCUCAGGUGCUGUAAACAAUAGUAAUGAACUAAUGUUGUUGGAGAAGGUGCUAGACUCCGGGGUGCAGGCAUUUAUUAUUGAUUUAACCUUUAAUAAUAGUACAAAUAGAUGGGACGUUGCUAAUACUACGCACUCGCUUCACACUUUUGUGAACGUGCUUGAGCGGUACCUUAUACGUACAAAUACUAAUAUUCAUGUUAAUAUGUGGGUAUUGCUUCUCAGGUUCCCAGAGGGCGCUCCUACGACUGCAGACGAGCAUGGGCAGGUAGCUAUGCUUGAGAAUGAGCUUGGGGGUAUUGGAAGCUUUAUCUACGAGGUUUCUGAUCUCCGGCGGGAAAACAACGUUGGUUCUAAUGUUACCACUUUGAGCGUGGGACAACUAAACUGGCCUACGUUGCACGAUUUCUUGUAUGUCCGGAAAAAAAGAGUAGUGGUGAUGUUGCAAGAUCAGGAAUUGGGGAACCAGACGAAUCGGAUCUUUGGUUCAUCGGUUUUGCAUUUCACAUCUGGAAAUUCUACUGCUGUCUGUCCCUUUACUACACAAUCGGAUUUAAUCAACCAGUCAGGACACUCAUGGAGAUUCCUCCAUGCGGAUUAUGAGACUAGAGGUAUCAAGGAGUACCUUCGAUGCGGCUACUCGCCUAUAAUUCGAAAUAGGUACAACUCGGGUAAUAUAUCUCAACUUGUGCCGAUUAUUGGCGCUGCUACGUAUUGGUCUUGGGACAAUCAUCUACCGUACCUUCACGAAGAAGACACACAGAAGGGGAAACCAUAUGCAGCUCAUAGGUGUACACUGUUUCGCUACAAUGCUUCAAGCCAGUCUGGAAGCUGGGUUAUUGCAGACUGCAAUCAGAAACGACCUUACAUAUGUAAGUCAGAGACUUCCCCAUACGAAUGGUUCAAGGCGGACCAGGCUGGAAACCACUCGACAUAUUUUGAACUGGGCAGAUUUGCGCCCUGUCCUUCUAACCACACGUUCAGUCUACCAGAGACCCCUUUGCAGCAACGCUCACUUGAGAAGUACCUUUCAGAUAAUAGUUCACCUGACAUUGAACUAUGGAUAGAUCUUAAUUCCGUCCAGAUACUGAACUGCUGGGUCACUGGUGGGCCCGACACCCUUUGUCCUUACCAUAAAAAACCUCUGGGCACUUUCACAGAGAUGAUGGUGCCCGCAUGCAUACUGUUCGCGGUGUUUAUGGUCAUUAUAAUUACAUUGGAUCUUAUUAGGGUUCCCAUACAGGACAAUCGGAGAAGUUGGAAACGAGUAAUAAAUAACUACUCUAAGUCUGAAACUGACGGUAUCCCAUCAUGA